AUGUCGGAUAGCAGUURGUGUUCAGAAUAUUCUGAAUGCUCCGAGGAAUCAUUUUUUGAAWAUUUUCACGGGGAUUUCGAUCAAAACACAGACAUACAACCAUACUCGUUUGAGCCGCACGUGGACCUUCAGUCAAGUGAUUCUAGCGAUGAAGACCUUGCAAACGACUCUGAUAGUAGCGAUCAAGAACAUAACAGAUUACAAAAUACUACUUGGUGUAAGUGUGAAAAUUGUCAGAGAAUGGACACUGUUAGAGAAUGUAUUUGCUGCCAAGAAAUCACUAAAGUUUGGGAUAUGUGUCAAAGUCUUGUUACAGAUGGAUUGCCAGCAGCAUCAUGCAUAACUCAGCAUCCUGGAUUUUUGCCUGUCUGCACAAAUAAGUACGUUUUGAAAACUGCAUYGAUGCAGUAUAAGCAACAGUAUGGACAGUCUUAUGAUGGGCCAGAACACAAGCAAUUCAGGCAUAUUGCUUACAGACAAUUAGCAAGAUGGUGUUGGGMUUUUUUAGGGAYGGAAGURAGAGUGGUGRUACCAUCAUGUGCCGUCAUGUGUAUCAGAGCUCACUUUCCCCCUCCAGGACUUGAAGAAAAUUUCACUUUCGAAGGUUUUCACUAUAGUGAUGAAUAA